GGGGAGCAGAGUGGACCAGGCAUUAUUUUGUUUCUAAGGACUGAGUGAAAAUGGCGGAGGGGUCCAGAGACCAGGGAGGCGCAGGCACCACUGAUCCCGAGGAGGACUCCCCCAAUAUGAUCGUCUACAGAAAGAUUGAAGACAUCGUUACACGAAUACAAGAUGAGAAAGCAGGAGGUGUAGCCAUCCGGACCGUCAAAAGCUUCCUCACCAAGAUUCCCAGUGUGGUAUCAGGGGCGGACAUUGUUCAGUGGCUGAUGAAAAACCUCUCCAUUGAGGAUCCAGCUGAAGCCAUCCACCUUGGGAGCCUGGUCGCUGCACAUGGCUACAUCUUCCCCAUCUCUGACCACGUCCUGACGCUCAAAGACGAUGGAACCCUUUAUCGUUUUCAGUCUCCUUACUUCUGGCCUUCAAACUGCUGGGAGCCUGAGAACACAGACUAUGCCAUUUACCUGUGCAAGCGCACCAUGCAGAACAAAGCCAGACUUGAACUAGCUGACUACGAGGCCGAGAACCUCGCCCGGCUGCAGAGGGCUUUCGCCAGGAAGUGGGAAUUCAUUUUCCUUCAAGCUGAGGCUCAAGUCAAGAUUGACAGGAAGAAGGACAAAGCAGAAAGGAAGAUCCUGGACAGUCAGGAGAGGGCAUUCUGGGAUGUCCAUCGGCCAGUGCCAGGUUGUGUCAACACCACAGAGAUGGACAUCCGCAAGUGCCGAAGAGAGAGGAACCCACACAGGGUAAAAAAGUCAGUGUAUGGGGUACCAGAUGACGGCCAGAGCCAGCCGAGUCCCGUCCACAUCAGCUCCCAGCCAACCAGGAAGCCCACCAAAGAGGACGUUCAGAAGGAGAUUAGCUUCUUGAACAUCCAGCUGGACAGACACUGUAUGAAGGUUUCCAAAGUGGCCGACAGUCUUAUGAGCUACACGGAGCAGUUCAUGGAAUAUGACCCCUUUGUGUCGGCCAUAGAGCCCUCCAACCCAUGGAUCAGUGAUGACACUUCCUUCUGGGACUUGGAGGCAAGUCGCGACCCCAGCCAGCAGCGUGUGAAGAAAUGGGGCUUCUCUCUGGAGGAGGCGCUGAAGGACCCGGCAGGACGGGACCAGUUCCUGAAGUUCCUGGAGUCGGAGUUCAGCUCAGAGAACCUGCGGUUUUGGUUAGCAGUGCAGGAUCUCAAGCGGCGGCCACUCCAGGACGUGCCCUCCAGGGCGCAGGAGAUCUGGCAGGAGUUUCUGGCCGAGGGAGCACCGAGCUCCAUCAAUCUGGACUCUCACAGCUACGAGCGCACCAGCCAGAACCUCAAAGACCCCGGACGAUACAGCUACGAGGACGCUCAGGAGCACAUAUUCAAGCUAAUGAAAAGUGACAGCUAUGCACGCUUUUUGCGAUCCAACAUCUACCAAGACCUCCUGUUAGCCAGAAAGAAGCAGCAGCCAGCAGACACUGAACAGGGCCGCCGCACCUCCUUGGAGAAGUUCACCCGCAGUGUGGGCAAGUCUUUGACGGGAAAGCGCCUGACAGGCCUGAUGCAGUCAUCCUGACACAGCCUGUGCUGGAGGGGCACAGCCAGACCCUGUUGGAGGGGUGACCGCCACACAGGGUCCGGGGCAGGGGCGCAGACAGUGGAGCUGGGUUGGACAGGGCUGCUGUGGAGGCUCUCAGACACUGCUCCGAGGACUGCUGCCAUACUGGUAGUGCAGCACUGGGCCUGCUGGGAUGAAACCCCCAAACGGAACCACUGAGGAAAAGACAAUGCUGACAAAAGGGAACCUCAGACAACAUACCACACAGCAUGCAGCAUACAGUAUAAGCACAUCCAGACUAGGGCUGCCCUCUUUUCAUCACUUAGCUGGCAAACCGGUUGUUAAGCCCUUUGUCGACUAAGCUGAUUAGUUUUUAUUGUUUUCAUUUUCUUUUAUAUACAUCUUUAUUGGAUAUUAAAAGCAACAAUAUUCUUUGAUAGAAACCACAUUUAAAAGCUAUUUCCCUCAACUCUUGCAAUGGAUAAACUAUUGCUUUAAUUGUCCUAAAACAGUCCCAGCUCAAACAUAUCCUGCUCAAAUAAAAGAUAAAAGAGGCACAUCAUCACAGACACAAAUCUAUUUUACAUACGUCUCUGUACUCGUAAGGCAGCCAGCAAUAAAUAAAUAAAGCGUGAGACCACUUUUUUUUUCUUUUUUAGAAAUAUAUCCAACCUCUUUUUAUAACCUUGAAAUUUCUAUUAUAUCUGUUUCUUAUAAAGCACAUGACAUGUCAGUUAAAUAGUGAACAUAGUUUUGGCAGUACUCAAGAACACAAAGUUGUUUGUUUCCCAUAAGCUAUAAAUAAUGACAUCUACAAAACUGAUUUUUGAAGGUAUAAUGUUUCAUGCUUCAUUACAUUCCAAAAUCUGGCAUAAGGGCUUAAUGUAGCAUCCACACUGCACCAUUGCAUGUUUCAUCCAAACUGUCUUUGUUAAGGAUUAAUGUUUCAGACUUAUGGCAAAGAUGAAUUUGUUCCAGUUGGCGAACUGGUCCACUGCUUAAACAACCUCCAGGCGUCAAGGUUCCAAAAUGUUCAGGCUGCACAGUCAAAUGAAUCAAUUUCAAAUGUCAAAGUGAAUAACUCGAGAUGCUUCAAAAUGUGGCCCACGUGAAUCACAGUGAUUUGAGGUUUACUUUAGUUCUAGUGUGCACAGUCACAUGUGAAAUAGCAUACACAUGCUUUUUGGGGCUCCCACUAUAGUGUAGUUUUUGAAAGUCUCCAGUGCCAUGGGUCCAUCUAGUGGUGGUCAAACCACAGGACCAGCAACAAUGAAGAGUGUUUCAAGACUGUAUCCUGCUGUGUUCACAUCAUAGUGAAGGACAUCAUGAUGUCAAAACUAGCUGUUCUCCAAUCAUGGAGAUCUUAUACAAGGCCUGCUGCCCAGUAUGGGAUCGUUUAUGUUUUGUUGUUUUUGUACUGCAUGAUUAUUCCAUAUUUUGUUUUCUGAAAAGAAUGAAACCUGCCCAUGUUUCUUUGGCAAAAAAAUGUAUGCCAUCACUCUCCAUCUAAAGUAGAGUGUUUUAAUGACUAUGGGGAAAAUGGUGCAUGUUACUGGACUAUAAUGGAGUGUUAGCUCAGUGGAAGAUGGUUUGACUCUCCAAAGACAAGUGAACAGAUGGGGAAAAGCCCUGAACUGGAGCAGAGCUCCUCAGUGAAUGGACAUCAAAGCCCUGACAUGCAACUGGGAAAAACGUUUGAUCCGUCACGGGCGCCGCUCUCUGAACAUUAAGGCCUCUCUGCUCCACUGUGGCUUCAACCUUCUUCUACAGACAGAAAGUGCUCGGACUAAAGAGAUUUCAAUCUCACAGCUCCCCCAUGAGGCCAGUGACUGCUACAACAACAAACUAUCCUGCUGAAUGAGUGAAUCAUCUAUUCUUUUCUAUUAGAGUUGUUGCAAUGCACUGUACAGGUCAUAUUAAUAAUCAUCAUUAUUGUCAUAAACCAAUAACCUCUUGACUAUAAGGUAGAGAGAGAUGCUUAACUCGAGUCGAUGUACCAAAUGUUAUUCUCAGCACAAACACAAUGACACUAUGUACAGAGUGCAUUGUAGAUGUAAAUUGGCUCAAUUUCAUUAUCCAAAAGCACACUUUAUUAUGAUAUGGGCACAUUACUAUGCAUGUAACAUAUUCAGGGCAUUUUGUGCUUUUAGUUUCUCAAUCAGCAAGAUAACUACUGGCACUCUAAAACACUCAAGCACCUGCUAUCUAUUCAUGGGUACCAAAUAAUAAAAACUCUGGACCUGUCUGCUCCGUGACACUGUCUUAUUGAUGUUUUGCUUUGCUCCACGGUGAAACAAUGGAAUACAAAGGUGUCUUCUCUUAGGAGUAAGACCUUUGGCUAGUUAGCAGUAAACACAAAGUACAGCUAAGGCUGAUAAGUAUAAGAGAAACUGAAAUUUUG